UGUCUUUGGGUUCAGCGCAGCAUUCAACACUGUUGACCAUGGAUCAUUACUGGAGCGACUGAGGAACCUUCUGGUACAGUAGUCGACUGGUUUGAGUCCAGAGCAGUUGUGGGUGUGAUACCGAGAAGAUCUCCGGCGCGCGGAGCGGAGACGCGCACCGGCUCCGUGCGUUCAGAAGAGGCGCAGCUGCCGGUGGAAGGGGAGUGACGAGGAGGAGCGGAAAAAGAGACAGCAGAACCUCACCGCCGGCGACCAUUCCUCUACUGGUGUCAUUUACCUGCUACAAAACGCACAUUUCAAGAAGACUUCCUCUUAUUUUCUCUCCGAGGCUAAAGGUUCUUAAUAUGUGUUGGAUCUAACGCCUCCAAAGAGAAACAAGGGAAGACCAGACUCAUCUGGUGGAUGUGGACACCUGAACUGUAGACAUGGGAAAUAUAGUGAAUUUAUUUUUUUCUAUUCUUCUGGUUUUAUGGGUCUGCGCGUUUGGGGGCUCCCCCAGUGUUCAAAUUGGGGGACUUUUUCCGAGGGGCGCAGAUCAAGAGUACAGCGCGUUUCGGAUAGGAAUGGUUCAAUUUGGAACCUCGGAAUUCAGACUGACACCCCAUAUUGACAAUCUGGAGGUUGCCAACAGUUUCGCUGUGACCAACUGUUUUUGUUCACAGUUCUCAAGAGGAGUCUACGCCAUCUUUGGAUUUUAUGACAAGAAGUCUGUCAACACUAUCACGUCGUUUUGUGGCACGCUACAUGUGUCCUUCAUAACGCCCAGCUUCCCUCUGGACGGAAACCAGCAGUUCGUCAUCCAGAUGCGGCCUGACAUCAAGGGGCCCCUCCUCAGCCUGAUCGAAUACUACAAGUGGGACAAGUUCGCCUAUCUGUAUGACAGCGAUCGAGGCCUGACAACUCUGCAGGUUGUUCUGGACAUCGCAGCAAUAAAGGAGUGGCAUGUGACAGCCAUCAAUGUGGGGAACCUCAAAGAUGAGAAGAAGGACGAAGCUUACCGCUCACUCUUCCAAGAUCUGGAGAGCAAGAAGGAGAGGAGGGUGAUCCUGGACUGCGAACAGGACAAAGUGAAAGACAUCAUGGAGCAGGUCAUCAAAAUUGGCCAACAUAUUAAAGGCUAUCACUACAUCAUUGCUAAUCUGGGUUUUGUAGACGGAGACCUUUCCAAAAUUCAGUAUGGUGGAGCUAAUGUGUCAGGCUUCCAGAUUGUUGAUUUUGAAGAACCUUUGGUCUCAAAGUUUAACCAACGAUGGGAAGCACUGGAGGAGAAGGAAUAUCCAGGAGCAGACAGCAAAAUACGGUACACAUCAGCGCUGACCUACGAUGCUGUUCAGGUGAUGACAGAAGCCUUCAGAUACCUUCACAAACAACGCGUUGACUUCACAAGGAGGGCCAACACUGGGGACUGUCUGGCUAAUCCAGCUGUGCCUUGGGCUCAGGGAGUGGAAAUUGAGCGAGCGCUGAAGCAGGUGAACGUGGACGGCCUUUCUGGAAACAUUCAGUUUGAUCAACAUGGGAAGAGACUCAAUUACACAGUGGGUGUGAUGGAAUUAACUGAUAAUGGUCCUGUGAAGAUUGGAUUCUGGAAUGAAAACAACAAAAUGGUUGUGACCAAAAAAGAUAUCUCUAGCAACGACACAAUCGGGGGAAACAAAACAGUUGUUGUCACCACCAUUUUGGAAGCUCCGUAUGUUAUGCUGAAAAAGAACGCCGACCAGUUUGUGGACAACGAGCGCUACGAGGGUUACUGUGUUGAUCUGGCUGCAGAGAUAGCCAAACACUGUGGCUUCAAGUAUGAGCUGAGAAUUGUGGGUGAUGGAAAGUAUGGAGCCAGAGAUGCAGAAACCAAAAUCUGGAAUGGAAUGGUUGGAGAGUUGGUGUAUGGUAAAGCAGACAUCGCAGUGGCGCCUUUGACCAUAACACUGGUGCGAGAGGAAGUGAUUGACUUUUCUAAGCCUUUUAUGUCUCUGGGAAUCUCCAUCAUGAUCAAGAAGCCUCAGAAAUCCAAACCUGGAGUGUUUUCUUUCUUGGACCCUCUGGCCUAUGAGAUCUGGAUGUGCAUCGUUUUUGCUUACAUCGGCGUCAGUGUGGUUCUGUUUCUUGUUAGCCGCUUCAGUCCCUACGAGUGGCACACUGAGGAGUACGAAGACGGCCAGAUCCAGACCAAUGAGUCCACUAACGAGUUUGGCAUAUUUAACAGCCUGUGGUUCUCACUUGGAGCCUUCAUGAGACAAGGAUGUGACAUCUCUCCUAGAUCCCUGUCUGGGCGUAUUGUUGGUGGCGUCUGGUGGUUCUUUACUCUAAUCAUCAUCUCCUCCUACACGGCUAACCUGGCUGCCUUUCUGACUGUGGAGAGAAUGGUUUCUCCCAUUGAAAGUGCGGAGGAUCUGGCCAAACAGACGGAGAUAGCAUAUGGAACUCUGGACUCUGGCUCCACUAAAGAGUUUUUCAGGCGCUCAAAAAUUGCCCUCUUUGACAAAAUGUGGACAUACAUGCGCAGCGCAGAACCGUCUGUCUUUGUAAAAACCACAGCCGAAGGGGUCCAGAGAGUCCGCAAGUCUAAGGGGAAGUACGCCUACCUGCUGGAGUCCACCAUGAACGAAUACAUCGAGCAGCGAAAGCCCUGCGACACCAUGAAGGUGGGAGGUAACCUGGACUCCAAAGGCUACGGGAUCGCCACGCCGAAAGGAUCCUCAUUAAGAAAUGCGGUUAACCUCGCAGUACUAAAACUGAAUGAGCAAGGCCUGUUGGACAAAUUGAAAAACAAAUGGUGGUACGACAAAGGAGAGUGCGGCAGCGGGGGAGGUGAUUCCAAGAACGCCAGUAAACCUUGCAGUAUUGAAACUCAGUGAACAAGGCGUCUUAGACAAGCUGAAAAACAAAUGGUGGUACGAUAAAGGUGAAUGUGGAGCCAAGGACUCUGGAAGUAAGGUUAGUCGCUGCAGGUUCUAUGUGAUUCAAGCACAUUCAUAAUUAUUGGGAAUGACCCAUUUAAAGUAAUGAUAAAUCAUUUCAAGCAAAUGCACAAACAUAGCAUGAGAUGCCUUGGUAAAAUGUAAUUUACUAAUGCCUGCAGACCUACUAAUGAUUAAUAUCAUAUAUAUAUAUAUUUAUAUUACAGUAAUGCAUGCAAUGUCAUUAUUAAUGUGCACUCCUUUAUCAAAAUGACCCUUAAAAUUCUCCUUUUCCAGCUUCGCACUUGCAAAUACAAAUGAAAUGAAAAGCUUUUUUCUUACAAAAAAGCUUCGACAUACUUAUUAUAUAUUAAUUGAUUUUAAUUAUUUGGCUGCAGCUACACAAAACCAGAAAAUCAAAGCACCAAAGGCUAAAAUUUGACAGUGAUUGGCAGAACUUUGGACCAUCUAUAAAGGGUGUCCAAUGCUGUUAAAUGUCUGUGUGUGUACUGCUGUGUGUUAAUGUCUAGCAAUGUUUGUUUUGUGUUUUUUCUUUUUGUGCUUCCUUACUUGUUUAUCUUGCAGCUCUUUAAGUGGGCUGAAAAUUAUUAUAAAGCCACCAUUUUAAAAAAAAAAUCCCAAAAUAAAGCUCCUUCACCUUCCUUGUCCAGUCCGUCAUGAUUAAAUGACACCAAUCAACAUAAAAUGAUCCUUUUUUCUGCUUCUUUUUCUUCAACUAGCACUUGUGUCUUUUCCUUGAUGACUCACUUUUCUGUUGUUGCAUGUGAAAUAAAAAUGGAAGAAAAGAAAAAGAUAGAAAGAACUGUGUGUAUGGCUGUUGUGUUGUCACUUUUCCACUCAGGGAUUAACUGUGCACCACUUUGAUGAGGUAGAUCCAUAUGUAUCCAUUUGGCAUCCGCUCUAAAUGAAUACAUGGGUGUUUAAUGGGCCUAACAGAGCUUAUUGUACUGUAUGUGUCAAAACCUGAUUGGUUUUUAAUAGUCUGUCUCCCUCUUGUCUGUCUUUAAGUAAAGGUCUUUGAGCACGUUUGUAACAGCUUAGCCCUUUCUGAUGGGCAACCCAUGUAAAUGGUCCUGAUAGAGAACAAAUUUCUGAUGUAGAUCCACGACACAGUGAUGUUUAAGCUGCUACAUUUCAUUUUAAUUGACUAACCACACCUAUCACAUUGCUUUGAAUUUACCCCAACUUUUUAAAAAAAGAACUGAUGUGUUAUUUGUUGUUAUUUUCUGUGCUUUUUAAAUAUUAUUUGUAGACAAAGUAAUCCAGAUUAUUUCAUGUUGUGGUGCAUUUUCUGUAUGUUUCAGUAAUUGCUGUGGUUGUGUUGUUUUGUUGUUUGUUUUUUUGUCAUCAUUAUUAUUAUUAUUAUUAUUAUUAUUAUUAUUAUUAUUAUUAUUAUUAUUAUUAUUAUUGACGUACACCUUUUUUUAGUUAUUUACUUUAAAAGUCAGAUUUUACCACUACCCCCAAACACUAAUCCUCAUCUCGUGUCCGUUCUGCAGGAGAAGACCAGUGCCCUAAGCCUGAGCAACGUGGCUGGGGUCUUCUACAUUCUGGUCGGAGGACUCGGUUUGGCCAUGCUGGUGGCCUUGAUUGAGUUCUGUUACAAGUCCCGAGCCGAGGCGAAACGAAUGAAGGUGGCAAAGAAUGCACAGAAUAUUAAUCCAACUUCCUCGCAGAAUUCACAGAAUUUUGCAACUUAUAAGGAAGGUUACAACGUAUAUGGGAUCGAAAGUGUAAAAAUUUAGGGGGUAGGGAUUGAGGUUUUCAUAAAUUCCCCCCAAAUGCACGCUUUUUUGGCUCCAUCCGUUCCAUCCUUCAGUGUUAGUGAGUGAAGAGGUUGGCCAACGGAUCGUAUGUACUGGUGAUUUAUGAUUUUAAUGAGAGAAAGCGAUACUCCCCCUUUUUUAUAAGCAUAAAAAUUGUGUUUGUUGAUUUAUGUUCUCUACCUCUUUGAAACCAUUUUCAUGUAUGACUGUUGAUGGCCAUGCUUGUUAAUACCUCUGUCUUAGUAACGUACUUCAACAAUAAUGCUUGCAAUGACCAUGCAGAAACCUUUACAUGAUCAUUUGCAUCUUGCAUUGUGUUAAUCACUGACCUCAUGUUAAGUUCUCAUCUACAUUCUCAUAUUUGUGUAUCAAAUGUAAUCUCUUAAGCAUUUUGAUGUGGUCAGAUGCAUCCGUCUAACAUGUUGCUUUCUUGUUUGUGUAUGGAUCCGUGUGUGUGUGCGUGUGUGUGAUGAUUGUGCUGGCUUGUGUCUGGAUGUGCAUGUGGCUUCUGGCUUUUGUAGGUGACCUUUGGGGAUGCCAUGAGGAAUAAAGCAAGACUUUCCGUUACAGGGAGUACUGGGGAGAAUGGUCGGGUGAUGACUCCAGAGUUUCCCAAAGCUGUCCACGCUGUCCCGUAUGUGAGACCUGACAUGGGACUAAACGUCAGCCUGACAGAUCUAUCCUGAUCACUGAGAAACUCCUGAGUGCCUUACAACGGUUUUAAAAGAGUGAUUUUUUUUUCUUUCGUCCCUCGUUUCUGUUUUGGCACUUUUUUUAUUUGUCUUGUGAAAAAGUAAAGGUAUGAGAGAGAUUUCUCUUUCUCCACGCAAAGACUUUUACUGUUGCUCUCUAUCUACAUUUUCCAUACAAUAGCUUCCCUUAAAGGGUGGAAUUUUACUCGACAUAUAAACAGUUAGCUUUUGUUUUCUAAACUUGUGGUACCAUGCUUUCCUACCUGCUUGAACUGGACUGAGAAAGAAGCAAGGGCUUGAUUCACGGCUGCAGUUUCUCCUGGGUGUCAGCGAUUCAGUCAGCCCCGCUGUAUUUGUGUGCCUGAAUAGUGCAAGUGCGUGUGUGUGGGCGUGUGUCUGGGUGUGUGAGAGAGAGGUAGGGGUCAAUUUAUUGAUUACAACUGUUUCUGUAUCCCCUACCGCCAAACUGGGUUUUCAAGCACACUUGAUAUCACCUCCAUUAAGAUGUGAAAUGGAUUUUUUUUUUUUUUUGUAAGAAAAUUUGCAGAGAAAAAAAUUUACAAAAAAAUAUUUUUAUGUAUUUUCACAGAAUAGCUUUUAAAUAAACUUGCGUACAUACUGGCUGGAUAUGAACGACUUAACGUGAAAGUUCAGAUAGAAAGUACUAAACAGCUUCUAGUUCCAUAUUUUGAAAGCCAAAAACAUUGCAUAAGAGAGUGAAAUCUUAAAGUCAUGUAAUUAAUUCUUAAUAAAAACUUUCCUGUAUAUUUUAUUCUUUAACAUUAGGUGUUGAUAUGAUCUAUAUGUCAAUGCUUGACAUUUGGAAAUAAUCCUUCUUAGCUUUUUAUUGUUGGAGUUGUUGCAGCAAUUUUCUUUUGUUCUUUUGUCUCUGUUGGCUUCAGUGCUUUUGCUGUUUGUAAUUUUUCUGAUGAGGACCAGAGUUACCGCUCUGUUUUCAAGACGAAACAAUCUGUUUACAUGCCAUGAAUGGAAAACAAUGAACUGGAUGAUACGGUAUUAUAGUAUUACUUUCGGAAGUGACAUAAAGAGAAGGCAUCCACUUUCAUACGGCUUAGGUGAAGGUCCAAAAUGCCAAAUAAGUAAGAGUGCCAAAUUCUAGUGCCAGUAGAUAUAACUAUAGUCUUACUAUAAUGAAUAACUGUCAUCUCAGUGAAUGUAAAUGACUCUGAUACAUUCUGUAACUUUUGUAUCUAGGUGUACAGUUGGUGGCCAUGACAGUGCUAAUAACAACAACGUUUUUGCUUUGUUUUUCCGUCUCCAUAUUUUUUGCAUUGAUCUGACAAUAAAGUAGCACCAGUUGCAUGUUGUUGCCACAUUAUACUACAUACGUUUAUUUCAUUAAUGCCAUUUGUUUUCAUUUUGUCGUUGAGACUGUGAAGUUACCUAUUUGAAAUUGGAAGUAUAAUGUAAGACAGAUACAUAUAUAAAUAUAAAUAUACACACAAUAUAUAUACAUAAAUCAUAUAUUUUAUAUAAAAAGUUGAAAUAUUUAAAAGCUGUAUCCCAUUACAAAAGCUACUUUACUUCCGUUAAGUACUACAUUUAUUUGUCAGCGUUCUGAAAAUGCUUUUAAACUAUUUUCAGUUCUGUUUGCACUAUUUUUUUUUUUUAAAUGAACACAUUUGUCUUCAAUUCCCUGUCAAAUCUCAACCUAAGCUGUAUUAUUUUCAAUGUUUCUUCAAUUCAACAUUAGAAACAAACCAUAGUUGCUAAUCAGUUCCAUUACAUAUUCAGGCUUAACAUUUUGUAUAUGGAAUGUGUGCUAACUUCAUUAUUUUUGAAACUAUUUCUAAAUAAAAGUUACUGAUUUCUUGUUA